AUGAUGAUGAGUUUGAGAAGAGGAGGAGAGAGACAGAACUACAACGUUGUUUAUAAGCUGCCUCACGGUGACAGUCCUUAUGUCCGAGCCAAACAUGUUCAGCUUGUGGAGAAGGAUGCAGAAGCAGCUAUAGAGUUGUUCUGGAGAGCUAUUAAAGCGAGAGACAGAGUGGAUAGUGCUUUUAAAGACAUGGCUUUGCUUAUGAAACAACAGAACAGAGCAGAUGAAGCCAUUGUUGCUAUUCAUUCCUUUAGAUAUCUUUGUUCUAAACAAGCUCAAGAAUCACUCGACAAUGUCCUCAUCGAUCUCUACAAGAAAUGUGGGAGGAUAGAAGAGCAAGUUGAGCUGUUGAAGCAAAAGCUUUGGAUGAUAUAUCAAGGAGAAGCAUUCAACGGGAAACCGACAAAGACAGCAAGAUCUCAUGGGAAGAAGUUUCAGGUCACCGUCGAGAAGGAAACAUCUAGGAUCUUGGGAAACUUGGGAUGGGCUUAUAUGCAGUUAAAGGACUAUACAUCGGCUGAAACCGUGUACCGUAAGGCUCAAGUGAUUGAGCCAGAUGCAAACAAGGCUUGUAACUUAUGUUCAUGUCUCAUUAAGCAAGGGAAGCUCAAUGAGGCUAGAUCAAUUCUCUUUCGUGAUGUAUUAGAGAAGAAAAAAGGGUUUGAUGAUGAUUUGAGGUUGAAGCUUCGAGUUCAAGAGCUGUUGAGUGAGCUAGAGAGAGGGGAAGAAGAAGAAGCUGUAUUAGCUUCUGUGUCUGUGGAAUGUAAAGUUGGUAUGGAUGAGAUAGCUGUUGUGGAAGGGAUUGAUGAGUUUGUGAAGGAAUGGAGGAGGCCUACUUUUAGGACAAGAAGACUUCCAAUUUUUGAAGAGAUCUUACCACUGAGAGAUCAACUAGCUUGUUGAUGAUGCAUAAGAUUCUUUGUGCUUUGGAUACUGAAUAGGGACUGUGUAGAAGAAUGUAGUGAAUAUAGUUUAUUUGUUGUAAACUGUUUUGAUGUCCUUCACUUGUUAUCACUCCAACUAGAAACACUAUGUAGUUAUGACUGAGAAGAAUGAUGGGGCUAUAAACUGAACAUAAGAAGACUUGUACACUACAAAAGCAUUAAGGCCUAAUCUAUAUAACAAACAUAAACAAAUAAUGGCUUUAGAUCAGCUUAGUAGCAAUGUGGGUCUAACAAGACACUGGGAGUCGAUGUUUAAGUGCUAUACCUUGUGUUGGCUUUGCAUCAUCUAGUUUAGAUGUGGAUUACAUCGUUAUCGAUGUUUAAGUGCUAUACUAUGAGAAAAUUUAUAUGUAAAUUAGAACUUAAGCAAAUAAUUGUAUGUUACUUAAAGAGUGUUCAAUGACAAUGAUA